CUCUGCAUCCAUUACAAUUAAACUUUUCGUUCCAACGAUUGUCAACUUUUUUUUUCCUUCUACGAUCAAACUUCUUCAUAUACAAUUCCCUUCGUUCAUCCAUUUAUAUCAUCGAUAAAUUUGAUUAUAAUUGUGGAAUACAACAAAAGAUCAUAAUUCUAAUUGUUAGUUAAAUUGUUCCAAUUUAAAGAAUCAAAUUAACCCGCGUUUAAAUUGUUAUCGAAUUGCCAAUUAACUGAUUGUGAUCAUGGCCCGAGCUCUUCAUUGGUGUUUAAAGAUCGGAGAUCGAGUUCGUUCAAUUCAAUUCUAUCGAGAUAUUCUUGGAAUGACCGUACUUCGUCAUGAAGAGUUUGAUGAAGGUUGCAAAGCAACUUGUAAUGGGCCUUACCAAAACGCCUGGAGCAAAACAAUGAUUGGAUAUGGACCAGAAAGUGACAAUUUCAUCUUUGAAUUAACUUACAAUUAUCCAAUUCCCUCUUAUGGUAUUGGUAAUGAUUUAAGGAAAAUCGUAAUUGAAUCAACUCGAGCAUUGGAAGGUGUUAAAAAAGAGUUCAAUCUGAUCGGUGAUGAGGUUGAUGUUAAAGAUCCUGAUGGUUAUCCUUUGGUCAUUCGUAAAGGAAAUGAUUUAGUUACCCAAGUAUCGAUUUCCGUUAACAAUUUAACCAAAUCAAUUGAUUAUUGGUCUGGUCUUCUUGGUUUAAACAUCUAUUCACAAUCUAAUGAUGAAGUUACUCUCGGUUAUGCUGAUGAUCAAUGUAAACUUAACCUUGUUGGUAUUGAAUCUCAGGUCGAUCAUGCUACAGGCUGGGGUAGAAUGGCCUUCGGUGUACCUUCACCAAGACUAUUGGAAAUCAAUGAAUCGGUCAAGAAUAGAGGAUUGAAAAUCCUUCACGAUUUAAUUACUCUAUCAACUCCAGGUAAAUCCGAUGUUCAUGUCCUCAUACUCUUAGAUCCGGAUAACUAUGAGAUCUGUUUUGUUGGAGCGGAAAAUUUUGCUGAACUCGCUGCCGUUGAUCCGGAUGCCGAAAAGCUAUUAAAUCAGGCAAUGGCUGAUGAAUCGGCUGUUUGGAAGAAAAGAGGUGGACGAGAUGGUCGAAAGGAAGAGUAAAUUUAAAUUAUCACCAAUCAAUUGGUUUCUCAUUGUAAAUUAUCAACACAAUUAACAGUCGAUUGUUACGAUUAACUGGACGUUAAUCAUAUUCGCCAUUUCCCUCUUCGUUUGGCCAUUCCAACCAAAUUCACAUCAAUUGAUCGUUUCAUUUAAUUUUCUCAUUUUGCUUUUUUUUUAAAAUUCCUGUUCAUGAUUAGUGAUUUUCGCAAUUAUUUUCUCUCUCUCUCUCUGUUUCUGUAUUACACUAAUCAUCUAAUUAGUAGUGAUUAAUCAAAUGUGAAGCCAAUUAAUUUAUCUUUCACUUGGAAACAAUUCAAAAGUAUUUUAAAUAAAAAGAAAAUGAAAACCAA